AAGGAGGAUUGAUAGUAUUUGGUCCUGCUGACAGCUCAGAGACUCAGUCUGGCACUUCUGAAUCAGGAAAUUCAGCAUGUGCUGGAAGGAUAAUGCUGAAUGACUCUGAUCCUUUGCUGCCCUCCUCUGGCUCUCCUUUUCAUUCAGCUCUGCAGGAAGAAACCAUUCGAACCUCUAAUGCUGUGUCAGCGUUUCAGGGUGGGGACAGUGGUGUCCGUGCUAUGGAACAAGCUGUAAGUUCACAGCCAGUGCCAUUAGAAUCUGAAUCUAAUACUGACAACAUGGAAAAUCGUUCUCCGGCAUCAGUUUUGGAUGAGAAAGGUGAGCAAAGCAAUGAGGAGGAACAAAAAACGAUCAAGCCUACAAGUAAAGAGUUCAGGAAAACCUGGGGGUUUCGAAGGACUACAAUUGCGAAGCGAGAAGGGGCAGGAGAUGCUGAUGUGGACUCUAGUGAACAGCAGCCACAACAGCAGCAGCAAAGCUUAAACCUCAGGCGUAGUGGACGGCAACCAAAGCGAACAGAAAGAGUGGAGGAAUUUCUUACCACAGUGAGACGCAGAGGGAGGAGGAGUGUUCCUGCUGCUCUGGAGGAUUCAAGUGAGGCAGCGUCCUGUCCACCUACAGAUGCUGAAACUGCUUCAGAGGACAGUGUUGAGAGCACUCCAGAAAUAAAACCUGUAACUCGGAGGAUGGUCACUAGGAGCAGUAAGGAUCAGAAAGGCUCUAAAAGCAGACUUACAAAAGAGGAGGAAGAAGAGGAGGAGGAAGAGGAGGAGGAGGAGGAGGAAGAAGAAGAGGAGGAGGAGGAGGAAGGUGAUACUUCUGAUAGUGAUAGUGAUGGAUUAACACUAAAGGAGCUGCAGAAUCGACUAAGAAAGAAGCGUGUUGAGCAGAAACCUGGGCAGGUGAUGUUGAAGGACAUACAGAACCGCCUGAGGAAAGGAGAGUCAGAAGAAGAUCCUACAGAAACCAGUGACGCCCAGUCGGAUAAACCAGUUGAGUCUGAGUUGUCUGUCAAACAAGAGCCUGAGACUGCAGACAGCACCGAGAUCGCUAGUCAGGUGGUUGUGUCUGAGGAAGACACUGAAGAUCUUCAGGUUCAGGAGGUAAAGCCUGCCCUUGAUGCGAAAGGGGUCACAGAUGAAGAACCUGAAGAACUGCCCAAAAGCAAACCUGAGUCUGAGAUUUAUGACCCCAAUGCGCUGUAUUGUAUUUGUCGUCAGCCUCACAACAACAGGUUUAUGAUUUGUUGUGAUAGAUGUGAGGAAUGGUUUCAUGGUGACUGCGUGGGUAUUUCUGAGGCUCGAGGACGCUUGUUGGAAAGGAACGGUGAGGACUAUAUCUGUCCCAACUGCACCAUUCUGCAGGGACAGGAUGAGCCUGUUUCAGAACUAGACCAGCAGGAAGCGAAAGCGGGGCAAGUAAAUGUGGAUGGCACAGAAUUCACAAGCAUAGGAACAAUUGAACAAAAAUCUGUUGAGGACCAAGGAAUCAAGGGUAGGAUUGAAAAAGCAGCAAAUCCAAGUGGGAAGAAAAAACUGAAGAUAUUUCAACCUGUAAUUGAAGCUCCUGGUGCAUCAAAGUGCAUCGGUCCUGGCUGUUUUAAUUUGGCUCAGCCUGAUUCUGUGUAUUGCAGCAAUGACUGCAUUCUCAAACACGCUGCAGCCACUAUGAAGUUUCUGAGUGCCGGCAAAGAUGCAAAACCGAAACCUAAAGAGAAGAUCAAACCAAAAUCUGAAAAACCCGGCGUGCCAAAAUCUCAGCUGCAGGCAGGUAUUAAGCCUCUUUCAAACCAAAAGAGACAAUUUCCUGAGAAAAGAGAGGUGAACGUGAAGAAGACUGUUCUGACAACUGCCAAGACUGAGGCAAACACUCCACCUCUUGCUAAAGAGCCAGCAGCAGAAAACAGCACACCGUCCUGGGCAAGCGAUCAUAAUUACAAUGCUGUAAAGCCUGAAAGGACUGCUGCCAUUUCAUCUUCACUGUUGUUCAAAUGUAUGUAUUGCAUAGGGAUAUUCCUGAAUAGUCAUUACAUUUUCUUUGAAUAUCCAUCCAUUCUUGGCUCUGCAAGACUAGGGAGUUUAGGAUUUGGGGGUUUUUGCUUAACGUGGCACCCAACUAUUCUUCUCCACCUUCAAAGAUUCGCACACAGAGAUGCACACAAAUGGGAGACACUUUUAGAGGUUUCAUUUGUAUCCUAUGACAGUUGUGUGAUUAAGAGCCUGUCAAUCUGCCCAGCUGAUUUCUGGAUGAAAACUACAUGAUUAAGCUUUAAAUUUUUCCCAUAAAGACAAUAACUGUGUCUAA